UUCAUCUUCUCCGCUGCGAAAAUGGCUCCCAAAAUCAAGCUCUCUCUGCCGCUGCUGCUCCUCCUCGUCCUCUCUGUCGCCGUGCUGGCCGGCAAGGACCCGGACCUGAAGCAGUGCCGGAGCCAGUGCAAACUCAAGCUGGAGAUCGCCGAGAGACAGAGACGAGACUGCGAGAAAAGGUGCGAAGAAACGAAGAAGAAGAAGAAGAAGAAGGAGAAGGAGAACGAAGGAGGAAGAACCAACCAGAUUUCAGAAGUAGAAGGAGAAGAAACAGAGUAUGAGGAGAGAGAGAAAGAGGAGGAGAAUCCGUAUGUGUUCGACAACGAACAUUUCAAAGCUAGGAUUGAAACCGAGGAAGGCACGGUUAGGGUUCUUCCCAAAUUCACCCAGAAAUCCCAACUUCUCCGCGGGAUUGAGAACUUCCGGAUCUCGAUUCUCGAAGCCAAUCAUUCGACCUUCGUGGCUCCCAGCCAUUUCGAUGCCGAGAUUAUUCUGUUCGUUGCUCAAGGGCGGGCUACGAUUACCGUUAUCAGGGAGAGGAGAGCGAGCUUCGAACUGAAACCUGGAGAUGUGUUCAGAGUUCCAUCGGGAGCUCCGUUUUAUUUGACAAACAAGGACGAACGUGAGAAACUGAGGAUUUUUAAGCUUCUUCAAGCCACCUCUAUUCCUGGACAAUUUGAGGUUUUCCAUGGGCCAGGUGGAGAUAACCCAGAAUCAUUCUACACAGCAUUCAGCUGGGAGUUGCUUGAAGCAGCCUUGAAGGUUCCAAGAGACGAGUUGGAGAGAUUUUUCAAGCAACAAAAAGGAGGGGCCAUAAUGAGGGCUUCUAGAGAACAGAUCCAAUCACUUAGCCAACAAGAAGAGAUCAUCCCGAGGAUCUGGCCCUUCUCAGAAGGCAAAACCGAACGCCCAUUCAAUCUCUUCAAGCAAAGUCCAUGGCAGUCGAACAAGUUCGGUCACUUCUUCAUAGCCCAUCCUCACGAGUUCAGCCAGCUCCAAGACCUCGGCAUUGCCGUCUCCUUUGCCAACUUCACAGAAGGUUCAAUGAUGGCUCCCCACUACAACUCCAAAGCUAUAAAGGUAGGGGUGGUGGUAGACGGUGAAGGGGAGUUUCAAAUGGCGUGUCCCCACCGUGGGCGCCACCACGGCGGUGGUCACAGGGGUGAGUCCUCUUACCAGAGGAUAAGAGGGGUGCUGAGACGUGAUAUGGUGAUCAUAGCUCCGGCAGGGCAUCCAUUUUCAAUCAUCGCUGCGCCGAACCACCGUCUCCAGAUUGUGUUCUUUGAAAUCAAUGCCGAUGGCAACAUCAAGUAUCUUCUUGCAGGGAAAGAGAACAUAAUAAACAAGAUGGAGAGAAUAGCGAGAGAGUUGGGAUUUGGCACAUCGGGAAAAGCGGUGGGGAGGAUGUUCAGACAGCAAGAGGAGGAGUUCUUCUUCCCAGGGCCAACCCAGCAACAUGGUCAGCAUCAGCCUGAGUGAGGAACAACAACCCAAGAGUCAAGAGAGAAGUGUUAAAUAAAAGGUAUGUCACAGUUUAAAUUAACUACUCCCUUGUACAGAGUAUAGAGUACAGAGUACAGACUUUGCAUAAAUAAAAAUGAGCUCUCUUAAUAUUCUGCCUGCCUUUGCUUUCUGUUGGUUCAGCUAGCUCCGCCUCUACUUGUGUAAAAUAGAAAGUGAAGUGAAUGAUCUUGUAGAUGAUA